AGUUAACAACAUACAUUUAACGAGUAAAGAAGCACUUGGCGGAAUAUUUAUUUUAAUUAGAAUUGGAAAAAAGUGAAAUUAUAAAUUCAAUAGAAUACAAUGAAGUAUUACAUGUUGGUUUUGGUGGCUGUGGCCUAUUUGGUAUAUGUGCACGCGGAUGCUUGUGUGCAAUGCAACUCCUCCACUGAUCCAAAAUGCGCCACCGAACCAGAAAACUAUCUGGCCAAAUCAUGCAGCGUCAAUACGUCUGUAUGCUACACCCGAGUAUCUAAUGGGAACACAAUUCGUGGCUGUGCUUCUGAAUUGGAUAACGCUACAGCUACUGCUUGCCACAACGAAUUGGAAUGUUUGAUUUGCACCUUUGCCGAAGGUUGCAAUCGUCGCAUCUUCCCACUGAGUCGUGCACAGUGCCUGCAAUGUUCGGGUAACUCAACUGGUGAUUGCGCCACAAAUACUUAUAUCAGACCCACUGUAUGUCCGACUUAUAAGCUGGGCGAUAAAUGCUACAUUAGAAAUGAUGGUAAAAACACAACUGAGUCAUUCCAACGCGGCUGUCUCACUUCGGCUCAGGCAAAGAAGCUCUGUGUAAACGAGACGAAUUGUUUUACUUGUGAAGGUCCUGGCUGCAAUUUCAUUAGUGCUACUAGCGAACAAAUCCCGCUGGCUCGCGAUAGCGCUGCAUUUUUAAGCUCUUCCAUCGCAUUGCUUUGUAUUGCUUUGGCAAUGAUGCGCUGGGUUUAAUUUAAAAAAGUCUCAAUAAUUAAUUUUUUACUUUGUUUUUUUUUUUGGUAUUAAGUAAAAUGACGAACAUUGUCUGAAAGUGCAUUUUUUAACUUCAAUUCUAAUGUAAUAGUCAAAUCAAAUAAAUUUUGAAUGAACCCGAG